UCCAUGGCAACUGACCACAUCCUCGAGUUGGUUGGGAUCCACUACACGGGACCCGUGCAAACUCCGUCGUGUGUUCAAAGUUUAACCGGAACCGGGCUGACGGCUCCGUUGAUAAAAGAUGUAUCACUGGAAGUCCACGCCGGCGAAGUCAUGGCAGUUCUCGGUUCGAAAGGGAGCGGGAAGAAGGCUUUGCUCGAAGUGAUCGCUCGCCGCGCUAUGGGCCCGACUCGGGGGCAGAUAUUGCUCAACGACAUUCCCAUCACCGUGAGGCUGUUCCAGGAACAAUGCGGUUACGUACCGCGUCGAGUGAAUCUCGUCCCGGGACUGACUGUUCGACAGAGCCUUGACGUUGGCGCCCAGCUCACCGUGGGCUCGAAAGUUCCAGCAAGCGUGAAGAAAACCAGAGUGAAACAGGUUAUGGCCGACCUCGCUCUCAACUCUGUCGCCGAAAAGGAGGUUUCUACACUGUCGAUGAACGAGCAGCGAAGACUGGCGAUAGGGCUUGAGCUUGUCAGAGAUCCAGUGUUGGUGAUCCUGGACGAGCCUACAGCGGACUUGGACCCUCUCAAUACCUACUUCGUAGUAUCUAUCCUUGCGAAUCAUGCUAAAAAAUACAACCGUAUCGUAUUGAUGUCGAUGUCCAAGCCGCGGUCGGACAUCUUCCCGUUCCUCGAUCGAGUGACCUACCUCUGCCUCGGCGAGCUUGUCUACACAGGAAGUACCCGUCAUAUGCUUGAUUAUUUCCGCAACGUCGGCUUUCCUUGUCCCGAAAUGGAGAAUCCGCUAAUGUACUAUCUCUGUCUCUCGACUGUCGAUCGUAGAACUCGAGAACGCUUCCUGGAGUCUUCGUCUCAAAUCCAAUCUCUGGUUGAGAAGUUCCGCAUCGAAGGUUCCCGAUACCGUAAAAUGGCUUCCGGAGCGAUCUCUGACGUGACUCCGCCCCCUCCUUCGGAAUACAAGCUUCCGCUGACGGCUUACGGUCAACCCUCGUCGGUGCAAGUCUUCGCCGCACUCUACGGUCGAUUCAUGGCGUCGUCCUUCAAUUUCAACUGGAGCGCGAUACGUGACCUCACUCUGCGGACCUUGGUUCUCCCGGCAUUUUUCGCCUUCAUGCUGAUUUUCUUCUAUCCUCUUCAAUACUCGCAACAAUCUUUCUUCACUCGAAACGGCGUCCUGCUCUCUUCGAUCACGGCAACUAGUUUCUUAUCGGCCGUCAUCACGGCAAUCACAUAUGCGCCUCAUCGAACUCGCUACUACCAAGAGAGCCGAGAAGGGAAAUACCGCGGACCCCUGUUCGUCUUCACGCACGCUCUGUUCUCGAUGCCGAUGUCUAUAUUCUCCGUUUUCGCUGCAGGCUCCAUCGUUUACGGAGCUGGCGGAAUGCGCCCCGAAUGGGAACGCUGGGCCCCGUUCUGCGCCAUCCUGUGGUGUUUCUACGCGUUUGCAGAGCAGCAGACAGUCGCAUUGAUGAUGGUUAUUCGUAGCUCAUACACAGCUUGCGUCACGUCGCUGUACUUCUUGGCCAUCUACAUCACGUUGGCUUCUGGGGGCGUCAAGUCGCUCGUUGUGAUGCCCGACUGGGCUUACUACGCCAGCUACGGCGUAAUGCAUCGUUACGCCGGAGCUUUUCUCUACCAAAACGAAUUCGAAAACUACGCGGCCCUGGACUACGUGCCCUCGCUGAACGGAACUUCGUGCGGGCCGAAUGUCGAUCCGGGUCGCUGCUUUUUCGUGAAUGGAGGUCAUUUCAUCUCACAGAAGUACAGGACCGGUCGCGGAACCGCUCAAGUUGACCUCCAGUAUUGGCUCAACUUCGGGUUGUCGUUCGGUUUUAUCGGUGCCAUGUAUCUCGUCAAUGUGAUUCUCCACAUAAUUCCACUUCCAGCGUCCGUCAAGAUCAAGUUUAGAGAUUAG